UAUUUCACAAGUUUUCAAAGACACUGAUUUACGUUGCUUCUCGAGUCGCGCACUGAGAUUUUCUGGAGUGUCGCGCUGGGAUAAGUUACUGCCUUUUAUAUUAUAAUGCAUCUUGUAAUUAUUCACCCCACAUUCGCAUAAUUUGCCCCAGCUUUAAUUGCAUAGAUGAGUGUGGUGAAAUUAGCGAGAUAUUGCUAUCAAAGGUAUCGGAUAGUCUAAACAAUUUCAAUGUCAGUUUCAAUGCCAAGGUAUGCAUCAUCAAUUGCAUUACCUGUUACCGUGCAGCAUCUUAUUCUUGAGGCCUUUUAAUAGAGAAUAUUACUUAAUUCUCUUGAAUCUUAUUAAUUAGAAAACCCUUGUUUCGCUGGGAUUUGGGGUUGCGCGUGUUUCAGCUUGGCGCGAAUAAUUUUCUAAAUAGUUAUCGUUUGUCAGGCUUCAAGAGGGAUGGUGCCAGUACAUAUUAUUAAUUAUAAGGUUACGGUUAAUUAAAAUUAUGCCUAAUUAAUCGUUUACAUUUGUAUGCGCUUUGGUAGUUUAUACGCUUUACGCUUGUCAACUAUCUUGCAAAAGCCUUAAAAAUUGUUCUUAGAGUUUUGAUAUUAGUAAAGGUAAUUGUUAAUUAAUUAGUUAUAUCUGUAAUAAUUAUAUCUAUAGACUGUAAAACUGGUCUCAAGAUAAAAUUUUGCAGGAUUUUUAUGUCAAGAAAGUGUUCAAGAUAAUUAUAAAGUUUUAAUGUUUAGUUGUUAAGUUUAUUGCAACAAUGAUCUUAUAUUAUUUAAGGCUUAUGCAAUACUCUGGUGCUUAAUAAAAUAAUUCGUUAAUUUGUAGGAUGUAAUUCUUAUUUGCACAGGGUCGGCGCAAUACUUUUGUUAUUAACUUUUACUAGCCGUGCCUUCGAUUUUAUAGGUUCUAAUUGUUUAUUAGAACACACUGCACAUGCGCACACUCCACGUGCGCACGGACCAAAUGCAAUCCAUGUACAUUGCAAGCAGAGUAAAGCCAACAAAAGCCGCCCUUUUCCGUGAGUUCCUACUCCUUGGGCAGCAACGAAUCCCUAAAGAUCUUUUGUCGCACCGCAAGGUACGGCAAAAAUCAUUUGUUGCACCGCAAGACGCAACAUUUAUUGUAUUCAAAUAUUUAAAUGAUGAUGGAACCGAACCGGAUGAUCAAGAAGACGUAUUUUAUGACAUUGGACUUGCAAAAUGGAUCGUUACAGAAAUUGAUGAUACAAUGACAAUAAAAAUUAAAUGGCCACUACUAAAUCCGUCUACUUUUGUAAAAAAGGAAGCAUUAUUAAAUCCAGAUUGGUCAGAGAAAUGUAUUAAAAUUAAAAGAUUUUAUGCUACAUAUCCUGAUGCUGCAAAUGCUUGCAAAAUGUUUAUAUCUGAUUCGAAUUAUGAAACAGAUAAUCAAUUAAAAAGAGGUUUGAGAAAAAAAAGAAAGCCAGUUCAUUUAAACUCGGAAUCAUCAGACAAGGAGUCUGAGCCAGUCGAUGAAAACUUAAACAAGAAAAGAAAAAAAAUGGUCAAGAAAGAUAACACUUGGAUAAAAACAUCAAAUAAUUCUAAACUUGCACUGAAAGCUCCUUGUAUUCCAUUGCCGGAAGAACUUGGAUUGUCACCUAACAAGAUUAAAAGCCAGUAUAUAUCUCAAUUAGCUCAGAAGCCUACUUUUUCGCUUUCUGUUCAAGAUUCCGACGAAAAUUGUGUAAAUUUUCUACCAAAAAUAACGUUACAAAAAGAGAAAGAAAAACAGAAAAAAGAAGCAUUUAAGAAACUAAAUAAAAAAAGGCAAGACAAAGCUAAAUUAAAAGACCAGAAAUAUAAUUCGAUAAAGACAUCUUUUUCUCCCAUCGAAAAUAAAGGCAAAUGUAUAGAUACACACUUGGUCUCAUCAUCUGCCAGUGAUGAGAUUGACACGCGAACAAAGUUGUCUACAUUUGAUUGUGCCAGUACUUCUCAACUUGUGAUAAUUUUUUAAAUCAGAAAGAUACAGAAUGUUCAUAUGUUCCAAAUAUUAUAAAAAAUACGUAAU